UGAUGUCAUUGCAUUGAUUCCCCCCGAUUACUGUGAAAUAAAAAGAAAGAAAGAAAAAGAAACUACCUGUUGCCUUUUACUUGUUUCAACUAUUCACCAUGAAGAAACCAACCAUUACCCUGGAGAACGAUACUGACGCUGAUGGAAAGCCUGUUAUCCACCAUUACAUGCCUGGAGACACUAUUUCAGGCCACCUCGGAUUCAAAAACUCGAGCAACCUCAAAUACACCUGCAUCAAAAUUCGCUUCGUAGGCCUCAUCUCGACCAAGGUCGCUAAAACUUCAGAGGAAAUCUACGUUCUCAAUCAACAGGUCGUCAUCCAUGGCAAUGCCAACAACACUGAAGUCUUUGUUCUUCAACAAGGCAAACAUGAUUGGCCAUUUGAAUUCUUGAUUCCACUGCAGCAUAUUCCAUCCUCCGGAAAGUAUCGACAUGGCACUGUCAAGUACACUCUCACCGCCACCAUCACUUCAAAGUCCUUUCUCGGAAACAUGCAGGAAACCAAAACAAAUUACAUUGUCCAUGUCAAAGACCUCAUCAACUGUCUUGUAGAACCAUAUUCUACCCCAAUAUCUAUUGUAGGCUCCAGCAACACCAAACCAGAUACCAACCAACCUGAAAAUCUGGCCAUUGCCACGGUUCAGCUCUCUCGAUCAGCCUUCUUAAAAGGCGAAACCCUCAGCGUUGAAAUUGAUCUGUCUCACCCAAAAAAAUUACAACGCGAUCCGGGCUGCUGGGUUCAACUCAUACGCAAUGAAAAAUAUCAUGCUGGAGAGCAAACAAAAGAAUACAGCCAUGUCAUCGCGUCUUCGACUCACGCCAUCAGCCUAGAACGCGACAAGACUGGCAAAAUCUUGGCAGAGUUGAUUAUUCCAGACGACACCCCUCCAACAAUGUCCACUUCAAAGAUUAUGUCCAUCCAAUACCUCGUCUUUAUUCUGCUAGAUAUGCGCCCAAAGACUGGGUUCUUGGAGAGAAAGAACCGUCGCAACGCCAACAAAGCCUUGAGAACCAAACUUUUGGCUGCACCUGGUGGAUUCGAUCUUAAAAUCCCUAUUCAUAUUGGCACCCUUGCUGAUGCACAACACAUCUCGUCCAAGCAAGAGUGCUUGGAGAACCAAGUUUACAACAGUGACCUUAAUGGAUCCUCUCCAGAUAUGGAUGGGCGAGUUGCUUCUCUCAUGAUCGCAACCUCUCGGCUUUCCUUUUCCAACACAUCCAACAGUGCUGCUGCCUCGCCUGUAGUCUCCAGAGUCACCGCCAUAUCCAGAUCUUCUUCUGAUUCUCCUUUACUCAGAGAGCAAAGUGCUCCUACCUCGACAACAAUACAGUAUUCACAACCACCCUUCCCGCCACAGACACAGAUACAGACUCAGACACAAGUACUCCCCCCUUCAUUGCGUGCAUCUACUUUUAUACCGCAAACACAGUACAGACCAGGCCUCUCCUCUCGCUCUUCCACACCAACAAUGACCGGAGCAUCAUCAGUUAAUGAUCCCCUCUCACCGUCAGGCACUCCUGCAGUCACUAACAAAGCCCUUCCAGCGGUCCCAAAUCUUUUCGCACAAUCCCAGCCCUCGCCUCAAAUGUCCAUUACAACUCCGGCAUCGACUCCAAUAAUGAGAACCACCGCAACCACAGCAACACAUGCUUCAUGGAGUUCAUAUAUCCCUCAUUCACCACAGACCUUCCGAUCCGACCCCGAGAUCCCCUCACUUUCCUCCGGGCCGAUACCUGCUUAUACACCCUACUCGAGAGACUCAUUCGUUGUGGCUAACCCAUCGGCUGUACCAUUCAGCUCUGUUCCUGUUUCUGCCUCUGUUUCUUCUACUCCAACUACGCCGUCAAUCUCAUCAGCACAACCCUCGGGCUCUGGUAUCGGAUCGUAUGGAUAUCCGGCUGAGAAGUUUAAGCCCCAAUGUUGUUGA